AUGGUGGAGCCUAUGUUGGAAAAUUUUGACAAGUAUUGGUCUGAGUAUAAUGUAUAUCUAUCUUGUGCGGCCAUUCUUGAUCCUAGAUUCAAGGUUAAAUGUGUCGAAUAUUGUUUGGCCAAGUUGACUGGGACGGAUGAGGCUAUGAUACGAGUAGAAAAGGUGUUGUCAACUUUGAGGGCUUUAUAUAAUGAUUAUAAGUUGCAAUCUUUAAUAUCACCUAUCGUCACCCCCUCUCCUCCAAGUAGUCACUUUGUCCACCAUUACUUUUUUGAUGAUUAUAAUAAUUACAACCCAAAAAGUACUAGGACGCAACAUGGAAAGUCAAAACUUGAUGUGUAUUUGGAGGAUGAGCCCCUUGAUUUGAAUUUGGAUUUGGAUGUUUUGGAAUUUUGGCACCAAAAUGCAAUUAGGUUUCCAGAGCUUUCAAAAAUGGCUCGACAUUUACUUAUUAUUCCAGUUAGUACGGUAGCUUCAGAGUCCGCAUUUAGCAUCGGAGGAAAGACAAUCUCCCAUAAUCAUAGCUCUUUGAAGCCCAAAACUUUUCAAGCAUUAGUUUGUGUUCAAGAUUGGUGUCGUGAAGAGCAUGACAUUGCUCUUGAUUUGGAUCAUGAUUCAAACUCUUGUGAUGAGGCGAUAAAUGAAGACGAGGAUGAUGAGAGUGAUGCAACUAGCUUCCUUGAUUAG